GAAGCACUGGGCCAGGGGUAAGAAAAGACAGACAGACAAACAAAGCGAGCCAGCGGACGGAUGGGGAAAAGGGACUGACUAAACUACAAAAGUAUCUAACCAGCACUAAUCAACAACUACUCAGGUCAUGCGAAAUUAAACAUUUCCUUGCAAAACCUUGGAAUGUGCCAUGCGAUGGGCUGAUGCACUAAAAAGAAGAUUAAGAUAUCAUGUUAUUAAGUUUCGAAUUAUCUUUAAUUAUAUUUUUCUUCUACUCUGUAAAAAUGGCCUGGUUGUUCCUAUUAUACUAACUACUGUUGCAAAUGAUGCUAGUCUCUCUUCUACUUGGUAUUUCUAUCUAGUUUGGUUUAGUGCCGCUAUUUCUUUACUUUGCUUAGCUCCGAACCUAACCUACGCGCUACUAAACAUCUAUCUGCACCCCCCGGUUACGGUACGUGCAAGCCGUGGGCUCCGCUGGAUUUUUCCCCUUGCGUCUUCUUGCAUGGGCGACCAUCCGACGGUCAAGAAGCGGCGACAGACGAUCAUCCGGAUAUCAUUAUUUGGGGGGACGAUCCGGAUGAUUGAUUUAAUUGAUUAAUGGAUACUACUGAGAUUUUACUGGUUUAAUGGUAUAAUCGGAAUUAUUUGUUAGUUGUUUGGAUAACGAAGUAAUAAUUUUUUUUUUCUUCCUCUCAUAAGAGGAAUGGGGAUGAAGAUGAUGUUAAGGGCGUUCGAAGGUUUGAAGGAGAGGACUUGGAGAGGAAGGAGGGGAAGAAAUAGUACCCAAAGCGGUAAAU